AUGACUAGGUGUCCCACCAGUGACCCCUUUCCUGUUCCUCAUGAGUGGUACCAGCCAGGUGGCCUCAUCAUCGGUGGGAUUUCUUCUCAGAUCUUUUAUGUAUUCUAUGAAGUUUUCUUCAGAGAACAGCCUUCAGAGAAUAUGUUCACACUUCCAUACGUAGUGACAAAAUUCUACCAGCACACCCUUUCCUUGGCUUUUGCUAUAAAAGAGAUAAAUGACAGCCCCAAGAUCUUGCCCAAUCUCACCCUUGGAUUCCACAUCUAUGACAGUUAUUAUGAUGUGAGGAUGACCUAUCGGACAACUCUGGACCUACUUUUCAAAUCACAUAGAUUUGUCCCCAACUACAAAUGUGACAUUCAAAAAAACCUUAUAGCCAUCAUUGGGGGACUUAGCUUUGAUACCUCCCUCUCUAUGGCUGACACCAUAGGCCUCUACAAGAUACCACAGCUCACAUAUGGGUCAUUUCCUCCAGGGGAGAGUGAUGCAGACCAGUUCCUUUCCUUUUACCACAUGGUUCCCAAUGACAGCCAUCAGUAUAUGGGGAUCAUCAGCUUAUUAAAGCAUUUUGGAUGGAAAUGGAUUGGACUUUUUGUUUUGGAAGGUGACGGUGGAGAAAAUUUCUUGCAGACUCUGGAACCAUUGCUUUCUAGGCAUGGAAUCUGUUCAUCCUUCACACAUAAAAUACCACAAGUAGCCAAUAUAGAUAAGCUGAGUGAAACACUUGAUGUGCUCUUGGAUAUUUAUCUCUCUUUAACAGAUGAUAAACUCCACCCUUUUCUUCUUGACAUUGCAUUUAACAACUCUGCUGGAGAAACAGUGAGUUUCAGUGGUAAAAAGCAAACCGGAGGUGCACUUGACAUCAUGAACAUAGUCACAUUCCCAAACAAGUCCUUCCUUCGAGUGAAAGUUGGUCAAGUGGACAAUGAUGCUCUUGAAGCAAGAAGAAUCAUCAUUCAUGAGGACAAGAUUACAUGGCACAAGGGUUUUAACCAGGUGGUGCCUAUUUCUGUGUGUAAUGACUGCUGCUCACCUGGUCAUCAGAAGAAAAGGAAGGAAGGGGAGAAAUUUUGCUGCUAUGAUUGUGCUCCAUGUCCAGAAGGGAAGAUUUCAGACCAGAAUGAUAUGGAUGACUGUUUCAGAUGCCCAGAAGACCAAUAUCCAAACAGGAACAAACAUGGAUGCAUCUCCAAAACAAUGAGCUUUCUUUCAUAUGAAGAACCCUUAGGGAUCAGCUUAGCCUCAAUUGCUAUUGGUUUCUCCAUUGUCACAACUUUAGUGUUUUUAGUUUUUGUGAAGCACAGAGAUACACCCAUUGUCAAAGCCAACAACCGAGAUCUCACCUACACACUCCUCAUCUCUCUUCUGCUCUGCUUUCAAUCUUCUUUGCUAUUCCUUGGCAAACCAGGGGAAAUGGCCUGCUUCCUCAGACAACCUACUUUUGGCAUCAUCUUCUCAAUGGCUGUUUCUUGUGUGCUGGCCAAAACCAUUACCGUAGUUGUAGCUUUCAUGGCCACCAAGCCAGGGUCCAGCCUGAGGAAGUGGGUGGGGAAAAGACUAGCCAUCUCCAUUGUCCUUUCCUGCCCUUUGAUUCAAGCAAGUCUGUGUACUCUCUGGUUGGCAACUUCUCCCCCAUUCCCAGAAUUAGACAUGCACUCACUAAUGGAAGAAAUCACUGUGCAAUGUAAUGAAGGGUCGGUGACCUUGUUUUCCUGUGUCCUGGGCUACAUGGGCCUCCUGGCUUUCUUCAGCUUCCUCUCAGCAUUCCUGGCCCGCAAAUUACCUGACAGUUUCAAUGAAGCCAAAUUCAUUACCUUCAGCAUGUUGCUCUUUUGCAGUGUUUGGUUGUGCUUUGUCCCAACCUACCUGAGCACCAAAGGGAAGUACAUGGUGAUGGUGGAGAUCUUCUCCAUCUUGGCCUCCAGUGCUGGCUUACUGGGCUGCAUCUUUGCCCCAAAAUGCUAUAUUAUCAUGCUGAGGCCAGAGCUGAACAACAGAGAGCAACUAAUAAGGAGAAAGAAUUAAGGCAUCUCUUUGAUUUGCCAUCAUUUUAUUGUUAAAAAGGAAGGGGUAAGGUUUAUGCAUAAUUCAUUUAUACUAUUUACAAAAGUUCAUUUAAAAUUAUUUACAUGUUGAC